AUGGCGAAAGGUGAUAAGGAUUUAGAAAAACCAAUUGUGAAGAACGAAUUAACUACUCCAGAAUCUCGAAGUACUGACAAUGAAGAUUCUGAAUCUAACCAAGAGCAACUUUUAGAUAUCGGCGAGCAUUAUCUAGUGAGGCGUGUCGAUGACUCAUGGCGGCCGGCUGAAAUUAUACAGACGCGGUACCAUGCGUCAGAGUCCUGCUAUGAAUAUUACGUACAUUAUGUGGGCUGUGAUCGAAGGCUUGAUGAAUGGGUUCCCCGCCACCGAAUUAUGUCCGAUAGAUUCGACGGUUGUGAGCAGUCCAGUAACAAUUCUGAUCAUUUGUUGACGGACAAGUCCGGUCGUAAAAUAACUCGCAAUCAGAAACGUAAACACGAUGAGAUCAAUCAUGUCCAAAAAACAUAUGCCGAGAUGGAUCCUACCACCGCAGCGCUCGAGAAAGAACAUGAAGCUAUAACAAAAGUAAAAUACAUUGAUAGGAUUCAGUUUGGCAAAUACGAAAUAGAUACAUGGUACUUCAGCCCUUACCCUGAAGAAUAUGGUAAACAAUCAAAAUUGUUUAUAUGUGAAUAUUGUUUAAAAUACAUGAGGCUGGAGAAAACAUUCAGGUUUCAUCUUGCUGACUGUCCUCAACGGCAACCACAAGGGACAGAAAUAUAUCGUAAAGGGACUAUAGCCAUAUUUGAGGCUGAUGGCAAAGAACAUAAGCUAUACUGUCAAAAUUUAUGUUUACUAGCAAAAUUAUUCUUAGACCACAAAACACUGUACUUUGAUAUAGAACAGUUUCUUUUUUAUACAUUAUGUGAAGUUGACAAGGAUGGUGCUCACUUGGUUGGCUAUUUUUCUAAAGAGAAGGACUCUCCAGAAGGAAACAAUGUUGCCUGUAUCCUAACACUUCCUCCCUUUCAAAGACAAGGCUAUGGCAAGCUGCUCAUUGCUUUCAGUUAUGAGUUAUCUAGACUAGAAAAGGUAGUUGGUAGUCCUGAAAAACCUCUAUCUGACUUAGGUAAGCUAAGUUACAGAUCAUAUUGGUCAUAUGUUAUUUUAGAAGUAUUAAGUGUAACUAGAGGUAUUUUAAGUAUAAAAGAUCUUAGUCUUAUGACAGGGAUUGCUCCAACUGAUAUAAUAUCUACACUGCAAUCAAUGAAUAUGGUUAAAUAUUGGAAAGGACAACAUGUAGUGUGUGUCACACCUAAAAUGGUUUCAGAGCAGUUGGCUAGUUCUCAUUUCAAGAAGCCUCGCUUAACAAUAGACCCAACUGCAAUUAGGUGGACUCCACCUAUUAAACAAGGCCCUUCUGCUAAAGUAAAGAAAUAA